AAUACCGGGGAGGAACCGACGACUAGUGUGUCAACCCGUCUGAAGCUCGGCUCCCAUUGAGGAACGCUGGAUGUUAUAACUGAAUGUUUUAUCCACUGAUCGGUUUUGCUUUUUCUUGUCGACGAAGAAGACCGAAGAGAGGAUUUUAUUUUGACCAUACAGACUACAUCCCCUCUUCUGAGGCAUCAGCUCAAGUUACCUCCCCAUGCCAUGCACUUCAUGGCAUUGCCAUGUGGAAGGUAACCUAAUCUCCCAUCGUUUGCCUUUUGGCCAUUCCCAUGUCUGAGGAUAGUGAUCCAAAGCACUACCGGUACUCAACCCUGGACGGGCGUGAACGAAACCGGGAAAGAGUCGGCUUCCAGAUGGAGGAAGAGCAGGAUGCUCCCUGCGGUUCCAUUAGCCAACUUCACCGCAUGGCCAGCAGUUACAACGAGGGUUGUGGCGGGCGGGAUGGCGUUGAACUUGAGCCAGAGUUAGGACUGGCCUCUGAGGGGAGCGACAGCAGCCAUGAGCACCCAGCCUCACCAGGUUCCCCACAUGAAGACCGGAAGCGACAACGCCCACCUUUACACGAGGAUGUAGAGAUGGGUGGCAGCGGCUCAAGUGGGAGUGGGACAGAAUCCCAUGGUAACGAGUCGCAUGGCAAUGAGUCCCAUGGCAAUGAAUCUGUGGGCAGCUCAAAUGGAAAUGGCAAGGAUUCUGCUCUUAUGGAGUCUUCAGGGAGCAACAAGAGCUCCAACUCUCACAGCCCCUCCCCACCAAGCAGCUCCAACGCCUUCAGUCUGGUGAGCUCUGAGCAGGACAACCCUUCAACCAGCGGCUGCAGCAGCGAACAGUCUGCCAAAGCUAAGACACAGAAGGAGCUCUUCAAAACCCUCAAGGAGCUGAAGAUGCACUUCCCACCAGAAAAGAGGAGCAAGGGCAAGUCCAGCACUGUCAACACCCUCAAAUAUGCACUGCGAUGUGUCAGACAGGUGAAAGCCAAUGAGGAAUACUACCAGAUGCUGAUGAUCAAUGACAGUCAGCCACCAGGGUUUGAUGUAUCAUCUUAUACCAUUGAGGAAAUCAACAGCAUCACCUCAGAAUACACCCUCAAAAACACUGAUAUUUUUGCUGUAGCCGUGUCACUCAUCACGGGAAAGAUUGUUUACAUCUCGGACCAAGCGUCGUCCAUCUUAAACUGCAAGCAGGAAGUGUUCCAUAACGCCAAGUUUGUGGAGUUCCUGACACCUCAGGAUGUCAGCGUGUUUUACAGCUUCACCACGCCCUACCGCCUGCCGUCGUGGAGCAUGUGCACCGGAGCAGAGUCGUCUCCCACGGAGUGCAUGCAGGAGAAAUCCUUCUUUUGCCGCAUCAGCGGUGGUAAGGAGCGUGAAGGGGAUCUUCAGUACUAUCCUUUCCGUAUGACUCCUUAUCUAAUGAAAGUGCAGGAUGCUGAGCUGGGUGAGGAGCAGUUCUGCUGCCUCCUGCUGGCUGAGAGGGUGCACUCUGGAUAUGAAGCACCCAGAAUCCCUCCAGACAAGCGCAUCUUCACCACCACACACACACCGAACUGUGUGUUCCAGGAUGUGGACGAGAGAGCUGUGCCUCUGUUGGGGUACCUCCCUCAGGACUUGAUUGGGACUCCUGUGCUGCUCAAUCUGCACCCAAGUGACCGACCCUUAAUGCUGGCCGUACAUCGAAAGAUUUUGCAGUACGCCGGUCAGCCGUUCGACCAUUCCUCUAUCCGCUUCUGUACAAGAAACGGCGAGUAUAUUACCAUCGACACCAGCUGGUCCAGCUUUGUCAAUCCCUGGAGCCGCAAGGUCUCCUUUGUCAUCGGCAGGCACAAAGUCCGCAUGGGUCCUGUGAAUGAGGAUGUUUUUGCAGCACCGGCCUUUCAUGGAGGAAAGAUCAUGGAUUCAGACAUCCAGGAAAUUAGUGAACAGAUCCACAGACUGCUCCUCCAACCGAUUCAUAACAUGGGCUCCAGUGGUUAUGGUAGCCAUGGCAGCAAUGGUUCCCAUGAGCAACUGGUGAGCAUCGGCUCAUCCAGUGAAAGCAAUGGCAACGUCCCAGCAGGAAGCACUGCAGAGGAGACGGGCAAGGCCAAGCCCUCCAGGACUUUCCAGGAAAUUUGUAAGGGGGUCCACAUGCUGAAGAACCAAGACUCUCAGGUCUGCCUGCGCUCCCCGUCAACUUCGCCCUCACCGUCACCAUCCAAACCUGAGCACAAGAAGACCGCUGACACAUCAGCAGCUCAGAAGAGUUUAUCUGUGCGUCUGAAGGACUCAGCACCCCCUCUGCAGGUCAGAGAGGGUGGUGCAGCCAGCAUGGAGGACUUCUCCUGCAAAGACCAGACUGUCUGCUCCUACCAGCAGAUCAGCUGCCUCGACAGUGUCAUCCGGUAUCUUGAGAGUUGUAAUAUCCCUAUUACAGUGAAAAGGAAGUACCAGUUCUCCUCAAACACCACUUCUUCCAACUCAGAUGAUGAUAAGAAGGCCUCAGAGGAUGGCAUGCGAGUGUCUCAAGAUACAAACACAGAUCCCUUGAUGCUAGAUGCCCAGCCAGGCCUGUCAAACAUGAAAGCACUGAAGAAGCCUCCAUCUGGGGCAGCUGCGGUAGUUGGAGGCCCCCUGGCACCCCUCACUCUGCCCAGUAAAGCUGAGAGCGUGGUGUCUAUCACCUCACAGUGCAGCUACAGCAGCACCAUCGUCCAUGUGGGAGACAAGAAGCCUCAGCCAGAGUCGGAGAUUAUCGAGGAUGUUGCAGAAAGCCCCGCACCACCCGCCUUGCCUGUCAGUAUGGUGUCUCCACCCAGCCAAGAAAAGGAGGCCUACAAGAGACUGGGACUGACCAAGCAGGUGCUGGCAGCGCACACCCAGAAAGAAGAGCAGGCAUUCCUGAACCGCUGCCGCGAGCUACGCAACGCUAGAACCUUCCAGAAGGACUGUUCCACAUAUCUGCACAAGCAGAAAGGCCCAGCCAUUGCUGAAGAAUCAUCUGGACCACGUGGAACUGCCAAACAAGGCCCCACCAGGCCAGAGACCACUGCCAAGAAGGGCAACCGCAACAGGAAGUCCAAGAAGCCACGGAUGAAGCAUCCUGAUUCAUCAGACAGUGCUGUGUCCAAUCGCAAACCCCGGCCCCCUCUCCAGGGUCUCAACCAGACCUCAUGGUCCCCAUCUGAAGCAUCCCAAUCAGCUUUUAAUGUCUCCUACCCCACCAUGGUGCCUGCAUACUCGCUCUACCCGCCAACACCUGCUGCUCCAGCUCAGGCUCCCCGUCCUGACCCCUCUCUCUCCGCAGGCUUCGGAGAGGGGCAGAGCACCCAAGCCCAGUCCACUGCCACUCCAUUCUCUGCACCCAUUGUUACUCCUGUGGUGGCUCUGGUGUUGCCCAAUUACCUCUUCCCCCAAAUAGGACAGAUAGGGCAGAUAGGACAGCUUGGAGCUGCUCCUAGACCUACGUUUUUCGCUGAGCCAACCCAGACACAACCUGCAUACACUACCCAGCAACCUUUUCAGGCCCCGCAGCCAGCCUUUGCCAUGCAAACACAACCCCCCUUUACCAGCCAACAGCCAUUCCCUGUGCAGACUGCCUUCACCACCCAGCAGCCAACCCCCUACACGACCCAGCAACCUUUCCAGGCCGCUCAGACUGCUUACACUACUCAGCAGCCGUUCGCUGCCCAGCCUUCUUUCCCAGUGCAGACUCAGUUUGUGGCUCAAGCCCCUUAUCCGGCUCAGCCCUUCCCCUACACCCUAGCCACCGAGCCUCCCAAAGCACCUACUUUAGAGCCUCGAGAGGGACCAGCAUCACGAUCCUCCACCCCAGCCUCUGGGGCAAGGGAACCUGCCACAUCACCACCACUGUUUGAGUCACGCUGCAGCUCACCCCUGCAGCUCAAUCUGCUGAGCAUGGAGGAGGGACAGCGAUCUGUGGAACGUCAGGACAGCACAGCACCCUCCGCUGGAGGCCAGGGCAGCAGCUCAGCAGCACUCUCAGUAGGAGUCGGAGUAUCUGGGGAGAAGAGCGGAGCCACAGCCAAGAGUGACAAUCAUCAGCAGAUGGAGUGUCCAAGUGAUGGGGCUCACAGUGAUGGUAACUCCUCAUCCUGCGACUUGCUGGACAUCCUGCUGCAGGAGCAGGAGGACUCUCACUCUGGCACUGGAUCAGCCACCUCUGGCUCCAUGGGCUCUGGAUCGGGCUCUGGAUCGGGUUCAGGAUCAGGCUCAGGCUGCAACGGCUGUGGGACCUCAGCUAGUGGAGCCUCUGGCAGCAGAACAGGGAGCAGCAACACCAGCAAAUACUUUGGCAGCGUUGACUCUCUGGAACAUGACCACAAGGCCAAAUCCAAGAUAAGGGGUGAAAGAGGCUCUGAAAGCAGCAAGUCACACACCAAAGGCUCAGCUCAAGGAGAAGGAGAGCAUUUCAUCAAAUAUGUUCUACAGGAACCGCUCUGGCUGCUGAUGGCUAAUGCUGAUGACAAAGUCAUGAUGACAUAUCAAAUGCCAUCCAGGGACAUUCAAAGGGUUCUACGGGAAGACAAGGAGAGAUUGAGGCAGAUGCAGAAGAGCCAGCCCAGCUUCUCCUCAGACCAGCGACGAGAGUUAGUGGAGGAACACCCCUGGAUGAGAAGAGGAGGUCUACCUGCUGCUAUCAACGUGAAGGAGUGUGUGUACUGUGAGGACGCAGUGGUGGCGCCCAUCGAGGAGGACCUGCCAGACAUGGACAUGGGCGAGUUGGGCGAAGAGCUGAGCCAAGAAGGCCAAAACACUCAGAGCCAAUCAAAGGACUCUCAGCCUCAGCCGGACUCUGGCUCUUGAACACACAAAUGGCCAACAGGGGGACACACUCGACCAGCCAUGGACCCUCAUGACACACACAUACAUACACACAUUAUGGAUGUGGGACAAGCAGCUGUGUGACUGACCAUCCUGAAAAACACACACAUACACACAACAGAGGUCUGUGUUGCCAGUGUCAUGGUCAUGAGGACGUGUUUUCAUCUAUGUCAUUGGACUGCUACUGGAGUGCAGUUCUAAAGUCACCCUACAGGGGGCAGAAGUGCUUUACAUGGGUUUUGCAUGCAUGACCCACAGAGUACUUUUACCAUCUAAUGCACACACACACUAUCACUAAAAUUACCUGAUUUUUUAAAAUUUUAUUUUAUUUCAUUAUUUCCCCUCCUGUCUAUCCAAGACAGAGCAUUUAUUCUAGAAGAGGCAAAGUUAAUGGUUGAUGGACAUCUCUUAAACAACUUUUAAAUAUAUUUGAUUUGUAAAAAAAUGGUAUUUUGACAAGAUAAUUGUCAUGACACUAUUUAUAAAUGUUAUUAUUAAGCAGCCCAGCUUUGCUCUUUGCUGUUACGACACUCUGCUGCCCAACAUCAUGUUUGUGUUUUUUUCAUUAAGCACAUGAUCCCAUUUAAGGCCUUCAAACCCUGAGAUCCCAGUUGUUUUCCCAUCAGGAAUAUAUGUAGAAUAGUCGUGGUGCUCAUCGGAAUACAUGGGCGAGGUUAAAAGGAUGAGGACUUUAGUUUUUUUAUGGCAAAGGUUUUAAUCUCACAACGCUCCUCGGACCUAUUUGAAGUAUCCAGGCGCUCAGUUUUCAUCGACGGUGACAAUCUGAUACACAAAGCUUGUUAUUUUUAGUAUCUUAUUUAUUUACGAGCAGAUAAUGUAUCUAGAAUAGCUUUUUAUAAGCCAAAGCCAAAUCAGUUUAUCUAAAUGAUAAUAUAUUAACACUUCACAAACUUUACUGGACGUUUAAUGGCACCAGAGCUGGCUUGUCUGUUGAACAGCAUAACCUCUAAGUGUUGUCUGUCUGCAGAUUUUACAGCAGCACGGGUGCUACAAUCACCUCACCUCAGACUAAGAAGCUGCCGAAAUAUUUUUUUGCAAAGUAAAAUAGUAAGCAUCAGAAAAUGGAGGAUAGAAACUUGAGGCUGUAAAUGAAAGCUGACGAUGUAAUGUAUUUUAUUAGCGCCUUUGGAUUAGAAUUUGUUGUAUCAUGAAGUGAUGCACUGAGAUUCCUUUUAACAGAAAGAUAUACGGUAGAAGUCACAGAACUCUGCAAACAUCGUUAAGUCGUUUUUUUGCUAAUAUGGUGCAGCUCUACAACAAAAUAUCUCUUUUAGAAAAAUCUGUGCUAUUUUAGGGAUUUUUUUAAUUAUGCAACAUUACACGGUCUCCACUUGCACCCUAAAAAUCAAUUUUUCUAGAUUGAAAACAAGAAAACUGACUUUUUUUCUUCUUCUUUUUUUUUUUAACAAUACUGGCAUGUUUUAGAUGCCAUCAAAAAUAUUCCAAGUCAUAAGUCUCUACAGGUGUGUGUGCAGCAAUAGGGAUCCUUUGAGUACUGUGAAAGCUGUUGGUCAGAGCAGUGUGUGACACGGAGGUCAGUAGUGGGCAUCAGCACUGAUAGGACGGUGGGAAAACAGCUCAACAAGUGUAGCAAAUAAGGGGAUCAGGUUUCCUCAGUGACCUGCUAUUGACAGCAGUGUUGCUCAGGUUCCAGGUGGUCAUAGGAGCAUCAGCAACCAUGCAAGCCCCUGAAGUAUUAAGGAAACUGUGAUCCACAUGUAGUUGAGGUAAACAGUGUGAGAACUGGGAACAACUCUGGUGCUAUGGCGGAGGAACUGUUGGGGCAGGGCUUGUGAAUGUAACACAGACUGGACCAAGAGCAUCUCCCUGGCUUAGUUUGUUUUCAUGAUCUUUUUUUUUUUAAUUUUUAUUUCUCGUUAACUUGUAAGAAUGUUUUUAUUUUUCUAUUUUCCUCUUGCGCGCGUUUUAUUUUUCUGACGAAGGUAAAAGCUUUCGAGUGUCAUCGGGGAUGAACCCUACCUCUAAUAAAUCCCAGGUCAUGUUACUGUUAGCAGGACAUAGUACAUGUAUGUAUGUGGGCAACGCGCAAUGAACAGAGCGGUCAGAUACUUAUGUGAUUCCGGUGAGUGAUGGACCUGUACAGAGAGCUUUAUGGACUCUUCCUGCCUGCUUUCUGUGUCUCUGAAUGGACAGAGUUCAGGCACCUGUCACCACCUUUAGCAACUGCAGUCUAUCUCUGUCUUUUGUCUCUUUUCGUGCAAAAUAUCUCCAAGGGACCGCCAACAUUCACCUGUGUAUAAACCUUUAAGAAUGCCAGAAUGUCACCUGUCAAAAAACAUGUUCUGAAUGCAGAGAGUUGGUGAUGUUCAAGCCUUACUUUUGUUUAUAAGGCCUCACAAAGAAGGAUUCCAGCUUUAAACAAGUUGCGUGCUGGUGGGCUGUUGGGAGCACCCUGAUCUGUACAUGCAUACACACGGUACUGGCACAUGAUGUCGUGUAUGGUUAUGUAAAUUUGUCUCAUUGCCACUGUAUGACUCUGUGGUAUAUUAAACUAGCACAGGUCUGUGCAUUUUUUGUAGGUGAGAUGUGUUGUUUGAGAAAUUUAAACAGAUGUUGUAAUAAAACUACAUAAAUAUAA